GGAAAGUACCAUUUCACCACUUCCGCUUAACUUGAAGUGAACUUGAAGUGAUUUUUUAUUGUUUCGACCGUUUCAGCAGCGUUUUACCUAGGUGAAGUGAAGUGAAAUGAAGUGGUGAAGUGGUGCUUUUACCCCCUUCGCGAAACCACUCAUAUAAAUGUAGCAGCAGACUAAAUGGUGAGAAGCCAGCAUUUGAUAUCAAAGAUUUACCAGCAAACAUAACAGGUAAAAGAAGAUAUGCCUGAUGAUGAAUUGAGGAGCUUCGAAAGCUUGUACUUCCAUAAAAAGCUUUUGUGUUUUUUCACGUUAGAGAAAGACCAAGAAAGCAUUCACUAUUCAGAUUAGAAAGAUUCAAUCCAAGCUAAAAUCGAUCUGUGGGAUGCAAAAAGUGUUCAUACAGGAAGGUGUUCACAUAAGGAGGUUUUACUCCCGACUGUUUUUGGUCGAAAUUUGACUGUUUUUUGGAUUUUUUUUAAAUGUAGCUUUUAACUGUUUCCAUUAUUUAUAUUCUAGAAGACGAAGCACUUAGUUAUGCCAGACGUACUGGACAAAUGCUGACAUUAAAUCACAAAUUCGAUGUAAAAAUUGUAAUACCAUCAACAACUUAUUUAUCACCAGAUGUAUGGUAUCGAUUCUCAAAUUAUUAUUAUAGCUUACAUUAUUCAGUUGGCAUUGAAAAUGUUGAACCAUACAAAAAUAAGCCACAUAUGCAACCAAAUGGUAAUUAUGAUAGCCAGUGUUGGUGUAUAACACCUGUUAUGGACAAUACAAGUACUGGUUAUUAUUAUCUGUCAACAGUAUUUCGUGGUAAAAAUAUGGUCUUAGAUCGUUAUGGUACAAAUGAAGUACGACUACAACCAGUUGUUCAGACAUUAUUGUCACAACAUUGGAAAAUUGUACCGAGUGAUGACAACAAACUUCAUUCGGUAGACGGUAGUGAUAUACCUAUGAUAGGACAAAAUUGGAAAUUGGAGUAUUAUCAAGCAUCAACAAACUAUGUACCAGAUUAA